UGUAUGGUUCACUUCCUUUCCGCGGAGACAGCGAUCAGAGUAGAACAAGUCGUAAGAACUGAAACUAAGGCAAAGCAACAGAAAGCUCUAUUAAUGGAGUAGGCCACCGGAAUCCAACAAGUCUAUAAAAGAAGAAAAGGUGGACAGUAAACCAGAGCAGUAGAGGAGAAGCAGAGAGAAGACAAACACAUCAAAAUGGCUUAUAGAUUGACACCCAGACACUCGUUCUUCUGUGCCCUGAUGUGUCUCGUCUUCCCACACACAGGAAUAUCAAACAAGGGGAUAUUCAUUGCUCUUACAAAAGAAGAAACAGCCAUGGUCCUGAGCUGUGUCCUAUCUGGGAAUAUGAAAGUGGUUCAGACAAGCUGGGAGAAGGGCAUCAGCCCUAACAGAACAAAUGUAGGGACUUUUCACCCUGAACAUGGCUCCCAUAUCCCUGACCAGUACAAAGACCAGGUGGAGCUCUUAGAUGACAAAUCCACCCCCAACAAGACCACCUUGAGGCUGAAGAACGGGGUGAUGAAUGAGACCAAUAUCUUCUGCUGUGUGUUCAACACCUUCCCCUCAGGGACACUGGACAGCUGCAUAGACAUCAGCAAAAACAACGACACCCAAGCACUGACACAAGAGAAAUCUACAGGGGAUGACCAAAGGCUUGUGAGACAUUGGGCAUUACUGGUUGGAGGCAGCUUUCUUGCUCUCCUCAUUUUGAGCAUGUUCAUAUUCUUUUGCUGGAGGAAAAACAGAAGGGCAAACUCAUUUCAGAUACAGAGUGCAGAGCCACGGUCAGAAUCAGAGGCACAUUCUGAGAGCUUUGCCCAGCCAAACCCCUCUCAAGGAUUUGACCCAUCUAAACUGUACGCCAAAAUUAAACAGGACCUGUACUAUGGUCGGCUGUGGAAGUCCUACCAAGGGAGACCACAAACCUAGAGCCCAGGAUCCCUCCCAAGGAAGAUUUGAAGACCAUUCUCCUCCACAGACAAAGGAGGAACCUAUAAAGAAACAUUACAAAAUAUACUUCUGUGAAUGUGAAAACAGUACAAAGAUUUUCAAUGACUUAGUUGCACACUAGGAAUGCACAUGCAAACCACAUCCACGUACAUGUAUGCACAAUGUAAAUAAAUCAAUGCAAAAUGUAAAUGUGACAUAGGUCUAUUUACAUUACUCUGUAUAAUUAUGCUAUGAGAUGAACAUCGCACAAUUGCUUUAUGUAGACUGUAUCCAGUCAUUUUUAAAUAAUGUAGACAAAAUGAAGAUUGCUUUGAAUAUAAUUAAAUCGUGUUAUCGUUCAACUUUGAUAGUGGCAAUGACCAGCUACAUACUGGUGAAUAAUAUAACACAUAUUACACUUUUUACAGGUAGUUUAGGUGCUAUUUAGGCCUAUUCCUAUUUUAUGAGAUGUGUUCAAUGGACUCAGUCCAGAUGUUUUUUUUUUUUACAUAGGUCACUCUGUUGCUUCUGGAUUCCAUUUUUACUUGCAUAUGUAUCACUUAUGGCUCACUUCAACUAUGCAUUAUGUGUAGCCUACAGUCUAAUAGUGGACCUAUAUACAAUAAUAAAAAAAAAAGCUUUUGAUUUUUAA